ACCGCUGAGGAGGAAGAAGAGCUGGAGAAACAAAAGGCGGAGAUGGCCCUGCUGAUGGAGGACGAGGGCGAUGAAGCCAAACACAAACACUUUAAUUACGAUAAGAUCGUGGAGCAGCAGAAUCUGAGCCAGAAGAAGAAGAAGCUGCUGAAGAAGAAGGGGGAGGAGCUUCAGCAGGAAGACCAAUUCCAGGUGGAUGUGAAGGACCCUCGUUUCCAGGCCAUGUUCACCUCCCACCUCUUCAACCUGGACCCCUCCCACCCCAGCUACAAGAAGACCAACGCCACGCAGAGCAUCCUGACGGAGAAGCAGCGCCGCAGAGACGAGGAGCAGCGGCGCCUGGAGGACGGGCUCAGAGAUCAGGGGGAGGGAGCCGACAGGAAGCAGGUGGCGGGGAAGAAACGGGAAAAGGACCGUGACGCCGCGGCGGCGGUCGACCUCACCUCGAAGAAAGCGAUGGACCCGAGUCUGUCUAUGCUCGUCAAGUCGAUUAAAAGCAAAACGGAGCAGUUUCAGGCUCGCAAGAAACAGAAACUGGUGUAGGUGGAACUCUCAACACAAAAGUGUGCAGACCGGCAGAGACUGGGAGAAGUCCCAGCCUGCAGGAACAGUUUCUCCUGAUGAACUCUACUUCCUGUUUGAUGUUUUUAUACAGAAAGAGACGCCACAAAGUAGAAGAAGGUGCAGGAAAAAGUGAAUGGUGCUGCAUCACAUGCUGUGAGAAUGUUUUAUUUGGACAGUUUCUUCACACAGAACUCUUAAAGAAGCCCUGCAGUUAUUUUCAAACACAUGAAGAAGAAGAGAGCGACGCCCUGGACCUCAAGAAACACGUUCACCAUCAUGACACCGAGGUUUUUACUUUAGUAAAUCACUUUUCACAUUUCAGCUUUCU